AACGUCGCCGCAUAGAUCUUGUGAGCGAUGCGAACGACGUUGGCGUGGUCGGACAAGGUCCCGGACCGUAACGGGGCCAAAGUCGUGGUGCAGGACAUCGCGUACCACCCCGAUGGGACACAGCUGAUCGCGGCGAUUGGCAGUCGCGUGAUGAUCUACGAUGCCUCGAACGGCACGUUGCUGCACUCCCUCAAAGGCCACAAGGACACAGUGUACACGGUCGACUAUGCGCACGACGGCAAGCGCUUUGCGUCGGGGGGUGCGGACAACGUCGUGAUCAUCUGGACCGACAAGGCCGAAGGCAUCCUCAAGUACACGCACAACGACAGCAUCCAAAAAGUUGCGUACAACCCGCAGUCGCAGUGCUUGGCCAGCUGCACCGCGUCCGACUUUGGGUUGUGGUCGCCCGAGCAAAAGUCUGUCGCGAAACACAAGGUCGUGUCCAAGAUCCUCAGUGCUAGCUGGAGCCUCGAUGGCGAGUACUUGGCCCUAGGGAUGUUCAACGGACAUAUCUUGAUCCGCGACAAGCAUGGCGGCGAGAAGAUCACGAUCGAGCGGACGGCGCCGGUGUGGUCAUUAAGCUGGAGCCCCGGGCGGGAGGAGCAGAUGGACAUCUUGGCCGUGGGGUGCUGGGACCGUACGCUGAGCUUUUACCAGUUCAACGGCACCCAAUAUGGCAAAGAUCGCAAGCUUUCGUUCGACCCGUGCUGCAUUAGUUUCUUCAACAAAGGCAAGUACCUUCUCGUGAGCGGCUCGAACCGCAAGGCCAGCUUGUACACGAAGGAAGGCAUAUUUCUGUCCGACAUCUGCGAUGUGCCGGCGUGGGUGUGGGCGGUGAAGGCGCGUCCGAGGACCCACUCGAUCGCCAUUGGGACAGACAACGGCACGGUCGCAUCGUACAAUUUAGUGUUUGGCACGGUCCACGGAAUCUUCCAGGAACGGUAUUCGUAUCGGGAAAACAUGACCGACGUGAUUGUCCAGCACCUCAUGACCGAGCAGAAAGUGCGCAUCAAAACCCGCGAUUUUGUCAAGAAGAUCGCCGUGUACCGCGACCGCCUCGCGGUGCAACUGAGCGACCGCAUCAUCAUCUACGAACUGUCCAACGAAAGCUCGUACGACAUGCACUACCGCGUGCGCGACCGCAUCCAGAAGGACCUGCCGUGCUCGUUGCUGGUCGUGGCGUCGCUGCACUUUAUCCUGUGCCAGCAACGCAAGCUACAACAGUACAAUUUUUCGGGCAAGAAGGAGCGCGAAUGGGUUUUGGAGUCGCCGAUUCGAUACAUCACAGUCACGGGAGGCGCCAAGGGCAAGGAAGGGCUGCUCGUGGGCCUCAAAGACGGCUCGGUCCUCCAGUUGUUUAUCGACAAUCCGUUCCCGAUUCCGUUGAUCAAGCAGUCGAAUGCGAUCGUGUGCCUUGACAUUUCUGUCAACCGCGAAAAAUUAGCCGUUGUGGACGACACCAACACGUGUCUCGUGUACAACUUGCUGACCAAAGAGCUCUUGUACGAAGAAAAAGGGGCGAAUUCUGUGGCGUGGAACACGGAAUUUGACGACAUGUUGUGCUUUGCGGGCCAAAACCAGCUCAAGAUCAAGACGGGGAAUUUUCCCGUCCAUGCCCAACGCAUGCAAGGGUUUGUCGUGGGGUUCACCGGUUCCAAGGUGUUUUGCCUCCACGCGUUGGCCGUCCAGGCGAUGGACGUGCCACAGUCGGCGCCACUGUACCGCUACGUCGAACAAAAGGAAUUUUCCCUGGCGUACCAAGUCGCGUGCUUGGGUGUGACCGAGAGCGACUGGCGCCUCUUGGCGUGGGAAGCGCUCAAGAACAUGAACUUUGACAUUGCAAGGAAGGGAUUUAUCCGGGUUCGGGACAUUCGGUACAUUGAACUGGUCAACACCGUCGAAGCCACGCGCAAGGGCCACGCCGUGGCGGCGUCGCCCGACGUCGAAAAGAAGAACAAGGCGAUUCUGCAAGCGGAAAUUUUAGCAUAUCAAGGCAAAUUCCACAUGGCGGCCAAGCUACUCGGGGAUUGUGAUGAAGCAACCAAGGCGAUUCAACUGUUUAGCGAUUUGCGCAUGUGGGACGACGCGAAAAAGUACGCGGCAGCGUCCAAGUCUAUCGAUGUCAAGCAAUUGGUUCAAGACCAGGCCAAGUGGGCCGAGGACGUGCACGACUGGCGCGCGGCCACGGAAAUGUACCUCGCGUCUGGCAACGUUAUCAAGGCUGUGCACAUCAUGGGCGCGCGGGGCUGGUUCAACGACCUCAUGGAGGUGGUCCAACGACCCGACUGCGACCCGCAAGUGCUGUCCGUGUGUGCCGAGUUUCUGCUCCAAGCGGGCAAGUUCAAGCAAUGCCGCGACGUGUACUUGAAGAUUGGCGACUUUGAUGCGUUGAUGAAGAUGCACUUGGCAUGUCAAGACUGGGAAGAAGCCGUGCGCCUGGCCCAAAAGCACAAGGACAAGAUCAAAAACGUGGGCGAAGUGUACGUCCCGUACGCCGAGUGGCUGGCGGCGCAAGAUCGAUACGAAGAUGCCCUUGCUGCGUACACGUCUGCCAAGCGACCAGACCAGUGCAUGAACCUGCUGGAGCAGCUGAUUUCGUCGGCGGUGGCGGAAACCAGGUUCAAAGAUGCUUCGUACUACCACUGGCGACUAUGCGACGAGCUCUUGGCGUGUGUGACCGCCGACCAUCCAGACGCCACAACUGACGCUGACAAGGCCAAGCUUCGAUCUGCGCUGCACCACGAAAAGUGCGCCGACAUCUACCACGCGUACAGCGUCAUCUUUGCUUACACGGACGAGCCGUUCACGACACUUCUGCCCGAAACCCUCUUCCAUGCAGCUCGAUUCCUGCUCAACACUCUAAGCUCCAAGUCCAGUAGUAUAUCGCCAACAACAAUAACAACUCCCCCGGGGGUGUCCGUUGCCCGGAUUGUGUUUACGCUGGCGCAGCAUGCGCAGCAGCUGGAAGCGUUCAAGCUGGCGCGGCAAAUGUACGAGCGGCUGCACCAGAUGCGCGUCCGUCCCGAGUGGCAGAAUGUGGUGGAUGUGACCAGUAUGACACUACAGACCAAACCGUACUCGGAUCGCGACGAGCUGCUGCCUGUUGACUACCGAUCGUCCACCACGAACCCCCUCUUGAACCCGAACGGCACCGGGGAUGUGUGCGUGCACUCUGGCCAUCCAUUUGUGCGAUCGUUCGCAUCGUUCGAGUCGCUUCCGCUGGUCGAGUUCCAGCCGACGCCAGACUUGACGGACGAAGAGGCUAUUGCCCUCGUGGAGCUACUGCCGCCAUCCGUUGGUAAUGAUGAUGAACAAGAAGGUGGAGAUCCGUGGAAGACGACGGACGCGGGCCACACGCAAAGCAUGCGACUGGGAGAUGACGCGGAUGUCGGCGGCGGUAGUCAUAACGACAAGGGAAAACCAUUGAGUGGAGCCCUCCUAUUUGAAAAGAUCCUGAAUCGCCAAGCGAUUGCACGUGGCUCGGCGUACAAAGUCCUCCAAGUCGAUGCCAAGACCCUGGCGUUGCUCAAACCGAACGAAGUGUUUGUCGUAAAGUACCCCACGAAAGCGUUGCGGUGCAAGUUCUACAAAAAUAUGAUCCCAGACAUCAAACUGCACUUGAGCCCGGCGUGCCGCAAGUUCUUUCACGAAGACGACUUUGAAUUCGACUACCUCCGCGACGGCGGGUGCGUCUACUGCCGCCUGCCAGAGCUCGACCCCGUGCCAUGAUGAUGAUGAUCAUGGCGCAGUGGACAAGAGACUAACUAUAUCAUGUAUAUAGAACGAACGGUGUAUGAGAAUCUGGUUACUUUUAGUUUCGCAACUACGAGUCAUUUACCCGGUUCAUGUGUGUACUGCUAUUAAUUAAUACAUGGAGUAAUAGUAGAGUA